CCGAUAUAUAUAACCCGUCCCGGUGCACGCUGCGUGGGAACAUGGCGGGUCCGUGGUGGAGACAGUGCCGGAGGUGGAGUACAAACUGUACGAGCGCCAGUUUAUUUGAAACAUUGUGGCAGUCAAACAGCAGGUCUGCGGCCCUGUCAGCGUCCGCUGUGGGGCGGACUUCACGGAGCUCCGGGCCGAGGGACGAGGGGCAGGCAUCAGCUCUCCCGACAGAAACAAACCAGAAAACAUUCAACUACACCUCGUCUGUCACCAGACACAAGCCCCGGCUGCUGGAUCCCAAACUACAGACCUGCUGCUGCAGAAAAAUACACAGCGAUGCAAAGCUGAAAGACCCGUUCACACUAGCGCAGAAAGACUUAAAAAGUUUAUACGAUGACAUCAGAAAGGAGCUGUUUGUUUCCAAAGACGAGCUGAAGUAUCUAUGUGACUACUACUUCGAUGGCAAAGGCAAAGCGAUCCGACCGAUGAUAGUCGUUCUGAUGGCUCGGGCGCUCAACAUCCACAGCAACCGAGCCGGAGACCUGCUCCCGGGUCAGAGGGCCAUAGCUAUGAUCUCAGAAAUGAUCCACACUGCCAGCCUGGUGCACGACGACGUCAUAGACGGGUCAGACAAACGGCGAGGGAAGAGAACCAUCAAUGAGAUGUGGGGAGAAAGGAAGGCGAUCUUAGUUGGAGAUUUCAUCCUCUCGGCGGCCUCCAUGGCCUUGGCUCGUAUCGGUAACAUCACGGUGGUAAAGGUGUUGUCCCAGGUGAUCGAGGACCUGGUGCGAGGUGAGUUCAUGCAGCUGGGCUCCAAAGAGAACGAGAACGAGCGAUUCAAACACUACCUCGAGAAAACCUUCAAGAAGACGGCCAGCCUCAUUGCCAACAGUUGUAAAGCAGUUUGCAUUCUAGUAAAUUCUGAUCCCGAAGUUCAUGAAAUAGCCUUCCAGUACGGCAAGAACGUCGGCAUCGCAUUUCAGCUGGUGGAUGAUGUGUUAGACUUCACAUCUGGGGCCAGUCAACUGGGGAAACCCUCGGCUGCAGAUCUCAAACUGGGCCUGGCCACGGGGCCGGUUCUGUUCGCUUGUCAACAGUUCCCUGAGCUUCACGCGAUGAUCAUGAGACGUUUCAGCUCUAAAGGAGAUGUGGAUCGAGCCUGGCAGUACGUCCUCCAGAGCGACGGUGUGCAGCAGACUAACUUCCUGGCGCAGCGUUACUGUCAGGAAGCCAUCAGGCAGAUCAGCAUGCUGCGGCCGUCUGCAGAGAGAGACGCCCUCAUCAGGCUCACUGAGAUGGUUCUUACCAGAGACAAGUGAACCUCCACUGAACUCCACUUCAGGCAGCUACCCACCUACCUACCUGUGGGACAAAAAUAACUCACCCUGCACCCCCCUUCCUCCUCUGUGUCAACGCGGGCCGGGGGGGUCGGACAAAAACUGUUUGUUUGGGAAGGAUCUCUGUGGCUGCUUUUUAGUGCCAAGCAAUCUGAUCAAUCACUAUCAAGGGAUGGAAACGGCAGGCGGGGGGGGUCUCUGAGUGGAUAUCUGAUCGAUUAAACACACCAAAACAUCAGUUUCAACAAUGAUGAAAUCUAUAAAAACUGUUUUUAUUUACAAUGCAAAUCCAUUCUAGAGACUAGAAUAUCUGACUGCCAUCAAAAAUCAUUUGGAAAAUGAAAUAUAUAAAGUAUAUUGAACUUAUAAUUAAAGCAGAGAACUGCACCGUUCAUCAUCACUGCAUACAGUACUGUACCUGCAAAACGCCUCCAAAGACUCAACUUGUAUAAAUGUGACUGAAAAGUUUGUCACAGGUUGGUGCUGAGCUGUGGCGGCGUUGCAAAAAAAAAAAAAUCAGAUAACAGACACACAGAAAGUGAAAUCAUGUCAUCGGUGUGUUUGUUUGGAUGGAUUCUUUUUUUGUCUUCUGAGAUCCGUCCACACCUCCGAGGCCAAACAGACGCGUGUCUGUGUGACUUGUGAGGUUGCUUCAGUAAUGCAAAGUGCCCUGUAACAACGAGGCCUUAACAUCUGCAACGACUGUGUGAUCAAUAAAUAUACUAUUAUGUUUUUUUUUAAA